AUGGUCGAAUUGACAGAAGUUCGCAAAGCAAACGCUACCCUCGUUCAAAGCCAGCCCUUGGUCGCCGUCUUCUUUGGAGGCACAUCAGGCAUCGGCCAUCAAUCCUUGCGUGCCCUAGUCGCCGCCGAAGCCGAGCACAAAGGUAGAGGGUUGCGUGCUUACAUUGUCGGCAGAAAUGCCACCGCCGCUGAAGAGAUUAUCGCUGAAUGCCGUGGAUUAUAUGAACAGGGUCAAUAUCAUUUCCUCAAGAUCGAUGAUCUUUCUUUGAUCAAGAAUGUCGACCGAGUCUGCGCCGAAAUCAUCCAGCGGGAACAAAAGGAGAGCUCGGAUGCGCGAAUUGACUACUUGAUGAUGUCUCAGGGUGGGUCGAUAUGGCUUUCAAGAACAGAGACGGAAGAAGGACUUGAUCUGACCAUGUCUCUGAUGUACUAUUCCCGAAUGAGAAUCAUCGUCCAACUACUUCCCUUGCUCCUCAAAUCAACUCUUCCUGCAAGAAUAGUCUCCGUCUACGCCGCCGGAUUCGAAGCAAAACUCUACCCCGAAGACUUCUCGCUUCGAGACUUGAAACUCUACAGCUAUUCGCAGGCACGUUCACAUAUGAUCUAUAUGCACACUUUGUUCAUGGAGACGCUAGCAGAGAAAUACCCCAACAAACUUGCUUUGACGCAUAUCUUCCCGGGACUCGUCAUCGGACCGACAUUUUACAGUUCUGAGCACCCGUUGUGGUUUAGGAUCAUAUUUCGCAUUCUUCACCCCGUAUUGGGGAGGUUCAUCACAGUGCCCCGAGAGGAAAGCGGAGCGAGGAUGAUGAGUCUGGCUUCCUCUCGGUAUCCGGCCCGAUCUUCUGACCCGUCGAGAACUUACCGAGAAGGAAGUGUUGCCAUUGGCACGGAUGGGAAACCUGGCAGUGGCGUAUAUUCUCUCGGGUGGAAGGGGGAGAACAAUCUCAAGCUUUCGGCUUAUGAGAACUUCGACAAGGAUUACAUGCGGAGGAAAGUCUGGGAUCAUACUGUCACCAAUAGUGCCAGUUUCUCUGUGAGCGAUUGGGAGGCCGAAAUCGGACUGGCCCAAGAUGCUCAUAUUGACGCCUUUGCGCUGAACAUGGCUCACGGUGACCCAGUCAAUAACGCACAGCUGCCGAACGCUUUCAGUGCGGCCAAUAACAAGGGCUUCAAGCUCUUCUUCUCCUUUGACUAUGCAGGGUCGGGUCCAUGGCCGAUAUCUGACGUUGUAUCGAAGCUUCAGAACUAUAAAGGCAAUGGUGCGUACUACUACACGAAUGGUCUACCAUUUGUCUCGACAUUCGAGGGUCCGGGAAAUGCCACAGACUGGCCUUCAAUCAAAAGCCAAGUGGGCGGCAUCUUCUUCAUGCCGGAUUGGUCCUCGCUCGGAGCAAAGUCGGCCCUGGAAGUAGCUCCUGGUGUUCCUGAUGGACUCUUUUCAUGGGCCGCGUGGCCAUGGGGUGCAAAUAACAUGCAAACAUUCGUUGAUGCCUCCUAUCGACAAUAUCUGAACGGUAUGCCUUAUAUGAUGCCAGUGUCUCCUUGGUUCUACACCAAUUUGCCUGGUUACAACAAAAACUGGUUGUGGCGAGGAGACUCCUUGUGGCUUGAUCGUUGGGAGCAAAUCCUAUAUCUCCAACCUCAAUUCGUUGAGAUCAUCAGUUGGAACGACUACGGCGAGUCUCAUUAUAUUGGGCCCCUUCGUGAUAAUGAAUUUGCCGCCUUCACAAUCGGCGAAGCCCCAUUCAACUACGCUGCAAAUAUGCCGCACGACGGUUGGCGUCUUUUCCUUCCUUUCCUGAUUGACACCUACAAGACUGGCAACGCCGCAGUAACUCAGGAAUUCCUAGUGGUGUGGUAUCGGCUCACUUAUGGUGAUGAUUGUUCGGAUGGAGGCACCACGGGCAACACUGCGAGCCAAUUGCAGAUAGAGUUUCCACCCAACAAAGUUGUGCAGGACAAGGUCUUUUACGCCGCACUGUUGACUUCAGAUGCUGACGUUACGGUAAGUAUAGGUGGAGAUAGUCAAGCUGGCGAGUGGGUGAUCAAGCCCCCGAGCGGUGUUGGGAUCUAUCACGGCAGUGUACCGUUCAACAGCGUAGGCGAAGUUGUCGUGACCAUCUCUCGUAAUGGAAAAGCCAUUGCGACCGAGUCCGGGCCGAUUAUUGGCGUCACCUGCCCCAAUAACAACAUUCAGAACUGGAACGCCUGGGUGGGAUCAGCAAUGGCAUCGGGCACUGUCCCGGCGGCAAGUCCUCCUCUGCCUCUGUCGGAACGAGUCUGUAUCGCCGGCACAAGCGUCAACAACUUCAUCGGGCUUUGCGAAUUCACAUGUCAGUAUGGAUACUGUCCCGAAGGCGCAUGUACUUGCAAUCAAAUGGGCGGACAAAAGCCAAAACCAACACCCAAAAACGUUGGUGGCUAUCCCAUUGCCGGAGAGGAUGCCAGUUACAGCGGUCUGUGUAGCUGGGCCUGUAACCACGAUUAUUGUCCACCGACAGCUUGUGGCCUUACACCAGUUCCUCUCGCAACGCCAACAGUCUCAGAUUUCUUGCCUGUGGCCUGUAUUGCAGGAACGGGCAAUGGGGACCUCGAGGGGCUCUGCAAUUAUGCCUGUAAUUAUGGAUACUGUCCAAUGCAUUCCUGCUCAUGUACAAAAUCGGGCUCAUUGAACGAGCCGCCUCCAGUCACCAAGGGAGCUGGAUAUGCUGCGCCUGGCAUGAAUCCUGAUCUAUAUGACGGGCUUUGCAAUUUUGCGUGCAGUCGAAAUUACUGCCCGCCCCCUUGUACGUACAUUGAUCCAUCAGGAAGCAACCCCGGAUCGUUUAGCCAAGUGCCAUGCUCCGAUCCUUCGGUGGCUGCAAGCGCGCCAGCCCAGACACAAUGGGCAGGUGCAAAAGCUGAAGAUGCUUGGACGCAGGCAAUCAGCUAUUGGAACGCUCACAAGAGUACCGAAAAAGCAUUCUCAUGGGCAAUAAGCGACUUCUUUGGCGGUAGCGUGAAGAAUUUGGAUUGCGGGAAUCUGGCUGCCUCAAAUGGUUGCCAAAACCCGGACCUAAGUUGUAGCGCCGACCUAAGUGCGGCAGGAGCUCUGAUCAUGAACUCAUUCCAGCUUCUGGAAAGUUGUUUGUGGGACUUCUACGAUGCAGUCGGCAAAGUUGACCCCCAAGCAGGAUCGGCGAUCGGUCCAAUUACGUCCACGUUCAGUGACUUUCCAACAGAUAACGAAGCAUUCAAGAUCUUCAUGGACGUCUUUGGGCUCGUAUAUGCACUUGGGGUGGCGCCGUUGUGGAAUUCCGUUUUCAAGGAUCUCAACUUCUUCAAGAACGGGAACAACUUGGGCACGCUGAAAGACAGCGUCAACGCGCUCGUCUCCAAUGGCGUCACCAUCAGUAAAGAUGUUGCAGCUGCAGACACUGGUAUCAAUACGUCGAAUGAACUGAGUACCAACCUGAACAAUAUGGUUUCGGUCUUCUACGAUUCGAUCGAUACUCUGAACAGCAAUCUCUUCAGCGGAAACCCCGACAACAUUACAACGCUGCACGGUUUGAUCACUGGCGGCCAACUAGUCGAGCCCAAUUUCUCGGUUCCCGAUGAAAACGGCAUCCAAAAGAAUCUGCUGUUGGCCAUCUAUUCAGUCUUCAUCCCUAUGACUUGGCAGCUUUCCCCUGUCGCCGUCAACCCCUUUGUGCUUUCUACGGGGAUAGCUUGUGGCGACGUUUUGCUAACGUCAGUCUCUGGCUACCUCUCCGAUCCCACCGCAACCUUGGUUUGUGGUAAUGACAACAUGCAAUACUUCCUGGUAGGAUGUAUAAAACCGGUGAUUUGCUCCAGCCCUCCACCAAAUACCAACAAUGUCAAUCAACCAGAGGGCAAUGAUACGAUACAUGGUAUCGUACCACCACCAGAACACUCCUGUGCAGGUGCAUUCGAUCCUUUGCCGGGUUCCGACCAGUUGACUGCUGCAAACAUCCCGUGGCAAGGCCUUACGAGAGACGACCUCGUCCAGGGGGCAGUGAAUACCUACAAUGCGAACAAUAAACAAAAUGGCCAAAAUCAUGCUGAUCCGCUUGAUCCAAACACGGUCGAUCAGCUCCUCGAACUGAACAACAGAGCACCUGGAAUUGUCAACAUUCCGGUCUGUGGCGCGGACGAAGCAAGAGCGAAUUGGAACAACGCCCUCUACCAGAACACAUACAGCGCCAAUUAUCCAUGCAAUUGA